GCAAUCUCCAGGAAGCUCCAAUAUGUCCAGCUUUCUGUGGUGGAUCAGCAAACGUGCAGAGCUGCUGUUGCCCUGAACAAUAGACUAUUAUGAGUUGUAGUGGCAAUCAAUGACUUCAGUUCUCUCAACGUCUGUCUUUCCGCGUCAUUUAACAUGAAAUCUCCAUUUAUUUUGCACACUUUCAAAUGAAUCUCACAAUACAUGAAUAAUGUUUAAUUUAUGAUGUCAACACACUGUAGACUUAGAAAAGAAACGCUGGACACAUUUCUGAGGCUCUGAUGCAACGAAUGCACUAAAUAUCAACGUUUCCACAGCUAAACUGCCUUCAUCCGGGUCUCAUCUAACAUACUGGCUGUCAUAUCCCAUAACAACUCGAAAUACCAACGUUUCCACAGCUAAGCUGCUUUCAUCCGGGUCUCAUCUAACAUACUGGCUGUCAUAUCCCAUAACAACGCGAAAUACCAACGUUUCCACAGCUAAGCUGCUUUCAUCAGGGUCUCAUCUAUCUAACAUACAUGUAGGCUGUCAUAUCCCAUAACUACACAUGACCAGGGAUGUAGUUUAAAAAAGGUAGAUCAUCUGAAUGCUAUAGUGGAUAGUGUUGUGUACAGUGUGUUCUUCAUGAAAAGGUCAACAGCGUAGCAGUGUAACAGUUGUUAAAGUACUAUGUGAAUUUCACCAGGUUCAUAUAUAAAUAUGUUGUGUUGAUUUGUUAUGCAUCCUGGGAGAAGGGGAGUGUGUACUUACGUUUUGCCCGGGGUGCUCAAAUCAUUUUGAUGCACUGAGAGAUGCAGGAUGCAGAGAGUCAGUUCUGCUUGAUUAAAACUACCUGAUCUCCAAAGUCCACGUUUAUAGUCUCUAUCAACCACACACAACGCAGAGUUACAGCGGUGCAGUAUAGCACCGGCUACAGCAGCACUACAGUACAUCCCUGCAUCAUGUGACCUGAACUGACAUACCCAGACCAGCAUGGAGUUUGUCCCUAUGUGUCAACACAAACUAUUCAAACAGAAUUUACGGGAAGAGCACUGAACACACAACACUUUCCUCCCAUUCUCUCUCAUUUGACAUUAACGUACAAAAGGUUUUACCUUUAAGAACAGGUCAAUUGUAGUCUUUUAACUCCACCACCACCACCACUACUACCCUGUCUCUCGGGCCCUUUCACUCUCUCCCUCGUCCCCCCCUUCUCAUUCGUCUAUUUCAGCCAAGUCAAACAGAGCAGGUUUUAACAUGACUUUUAGACUCGUAGUCUAGCAUAAUACCUCACCAUAGGUCUCUAUUGGGACACACAGACUGCAGGGAAUUCAAGUCUAAUACAUGUGAGCAAUAGCCACACAACAGUAAAACAAUAACAAACAUUUGUGGCCAGGACCUUCAACAUGGACUGGACCCAUCCGUUCAUCUGGCUGCUGUGUGUGUCUGUGUGUGAGUGUUGGCGGUUGGCCCGGUCCCUGCCAGCCCUACAUGGGGUGGUCCAGUCCCCCCAGUUCCCCCAGCCGUACCCUGCUGCCCUGUCACAACAGUGGGACCUCAGUGUACCUGAGGGCUACCAGCUCCAGCUCAGCUUCACUCACCUGGACAUCAGGCCGUCAGCCGACUGCUACUACGACUCCCUCACGGUUUUAUAUGACAAGAAGGUGCUUGCAAAGUUCUGUGGUCAGGAGAAUUAUUCUGAUGGACAUCACCCAGGCAACCGGCCACUUUUGUCUCCAGGCAACAGGCUCACCCUGGUCCUUCAGACAGACGACACGAACCUUGAGCCAUACCAUCACCUCGGCUUCUCCGCCCAUUAUCAGGCCAAAGACAUAGAUGAGUGUUCAGCUCCAGACCCUGAGGAUGGUUCUGGUCCACUCUGCUCCCAGAUCUGCCACAACACCCUGGGCUCCUACAUGUGCUCCUGUCGCCAUGGCUACGAGCUCCGCCCUGACCAGCGCACCUGUGUCUUGUCCUGUGGUAGGGGUAUAUUUGAUGAACCAGGGGGGACACUGUCCAGCCCAGGGUACCCUGACCCAUCACCCCACGGCCUGGCCUGUCAGUACGUCAUCUCUGUGGAGCCUGGGUUCAUCGUCUACCUCAACUUCACUGACAGCUUCCACAUAGAGCACAUAGGCACCCAGAAUGGACCCAGCUGCCUCUACCACUGGCUACAGGUAUCCAUCCCCGACAAGGAACCCCAGAAGCUGUGUGGAGGGAAGAGUCCUGGACUAAUGCCCACUAACUCUUACACUGUCCAGCUAGACUACCACACUGACUGGGCUGGUCUGAGCCAGGGCUGGAGCCUGCACUACACUACUCAGAGGGUGCAGUGUGCUUCACCCAGUUCUAUCACCAAUGGAAGAGUCACCCCAAACGUUCCCCAAUACUAUUACAGAGACUACAUCCAAGUCAGCUGUGACCCUGGCUACAAACUAAUGAUGGAUGGCAGAGAGAUCAAGAGCUAUGCCUCCAUGUGUCAAAAGAAUGGGCAGUGGCAUCUCUCCCUCCCUGAGUGCCACAUAAUUGACUGUGGGGAACCUGAAGCAUUGUUGAAUGGAGGGGUAAAGUUCAUAUCUGGCUCUCAGAACCAGCACCUCUCCGUCAUUCAGUACCACUGCAAUGAACCUUUCUACUCACUCCUUGGAGGAGCAACUGUGAGCUACACUUGUGCAGCAGAUAGAACAUGGAGAGACAACCUUCACACCCCUGUCAUUCCCUCAUGUAUCCCAGUCUGUGGCCGGCCCACGGUGUCCCUCUCAGGCUUUCAGAGGAUCAUGGGGGGAGACAAAGCCCCAGACAAAACCAUCCCCUGGCAGGUGAUGCUCAGUGUGGACGGAGGCAGAGGAGGGGCCAUGGUGAUCGGGGACCGCUGGAUCAUGACUGCAGCUCAUAACCUGGUGCAUCAGGGCAAACUUGUGCUAAAGGAGAAAGUUUGGGUUUUUGUGGGAGACAAUGAUGCAGAAAAACUAGCAAAGCUCACCCCACUUGGUGUCACCUCCCUCCACCCCCACCCUGAAUACAAAAACACAGAGGGUGCAAACUACAAUCAUGACAUUGCCCUGAUAAAACUCCAACAACCACUCACAUUCCACGCUGCCAUCAUGCCAUUGUGUCUGCCACCAGAGAACGCUACUUACAACAUUGGCCAGAUGGGUAUGGUGUCAGGCUUUGGCAUGAAAGAAGAUGAAAUCAUUGCCAACAAUCUCAGGCACAUACGCCUACCAGUAGUGAAAGAGGAUGAGUGCCAAGACUCUGUCAACAGAGCAAAAGCAGCAACGCCAACAGAGAAGAUCCCUGUUCUGACAGACAACAUGUUCUGUGCCGGAGUACCUGAGGGGGGCAAGGACUCCUGUACGGGGGACGGUGGAGGGGCGUACGUCUUGAGGGAUGGUAGCAAUAAACUGUUUUGGGCUGCAGGUAUUGUCAGUUGGGGUGUGGGUUGUGGGCAGACUGGUAGAUAUGGAGUGUAUACCCGUGUGGCUAAAUACAUUAGCUGGAUCAAUGAAACCAUGGAGGACAAUAAGUCAAAUAUAUAGGCGAAAAUAACGAGGGAAAGAGAACAGAAUUACAAAAGUAUUUUCAAUUCAAGUCAUGAUUUAUGAAUCCAAAUAAAGCCCAAACGUUUCAUCUCU